AUCCGCUAUGUUCAUAAUCGUUCACAGUUCAAGGGUGCGUGUGUGGUUUGGUUGCUCGGACGCGCUCACUUCCCCGUCCUCUACCCGCACGGCGAUGUCUGCGACGCCCGGUGGGAGUCCCUGAGCAAAACCCAGAGGCUUGAAGGGCUCUUUCUACCCAAAAGGCGGUCUCUUUACGCUCGUUUGUUCUCAGAGGCAAAGAAGCAAACGGUUGAUCGACACUAUCAGAUCUUACAGGGUAUUAUUUUUGUGUCAUGGAAAGCUCUGACGAUGAGAAGGAUGGCGGCUUCGAAAAUCCUAUGCCGAAAGCACUAUCGCCCAGUGUAGCAUCUAAUGGGCCCAAGUUUGUGGAUGAAGUACUUAAUGGUCAGAAUGAAGAUUGCUUGGACAAUUUUCGGAUGGAUAAGAACGUGUUCUACAAAUUGUGCGACGUUUUGCAAUCGAGAGGUUUGUUGCGCCAUACGAACAAAAUCAAGAUUGAGGAGCAGUUGGGCAUAUUCUUGUUCAUAAUAGGCCAUAACCUACGGACACGAGCUGUUCAAGAAUUGUUUAGGUACUCCGGAGAAACCAUUAGUCGACAUUUCAACAAUGUCUUGAAUGCGAUUGUGGCAAUUUCGUUAGAUUUCUUUCAGCCUCCAGGAAGUGAUGUCCCUCAAGAAGUCCAGGAAAAUCCCAGAUUAUAUCCUUAUUUCAAGGACUGUGUCGGAGCUGUCGAUUGCAUACAAUUCCCAGUGAUGGUAGCUGUAGAUGAACAAGGACCUUUCCGCAAUAAAAACAGUCUACUUACUCAAAAUGUGCUUGCAGCUUGCUCAUUUGACCUCAAGUUUCAUUACGUCUUGGCUGGGUGGGAGGGCUCAGCAUCCGAAUUGCGAGUCCUACAUUCUGCUCUCACAAGGCGUAACAAAUUGCAGGUCCCUGAAGGCAGGUACUACCUGGUGGACACCAAGUAUGCAAAUCUGCCAGGUUUUGUAGCCCCAUAUCAUGAUGUACCCUAUCAGUUGAGUGGAUUUCCAAGGGAUCAUCAUCCGCAGAAUGCGAAAGAAUUGUUCAAUCAUCGGCAUUCAUUAUUGAGAAAUGUCACAAAUCGCAUCUUCGGCACUUUGAAGGCCAGGUUCCCGAUCUUGACAUCAACUCCUCCUUAUCCAUUGCAGACACAAGUAAAGUUGGUCGUGGCUGCUUGCGCUAUUCACAAUUACAUACGUAGGGAGAAACCGGAUGAUUGGCUUUUUAGAAUGUUUGAGCAUGGAGAUGUGAUACAAAUGGAUGAGUCGAUGCCCUCCGUGGAGGUAGAACAGCCAAUGCUCUUUGAGACCCAGGACCUGGAUUUUCCUUUUGUGUCAGAAGAUUUAGAAAUGUCUUUGCAAUUGCGUGAUUCUGUUGCUACUGAAAUGUGGAAUGACUAUAUUAAUGAAGAUUUAUCUGGAAUAUAGACUCAUGUACAUAGUUUUACUUUUU